AUGAAGACCUCUACCGUCAUCGGUUUCUUGGCAAUGCUCUCCAGCCAAGCACUUGCCCUGGAGCUUGAGGGAACGUACACAGUCGCGUCAGCGGGAACCGAGCUUUAUCUGGAAGACGCAUCUGGGCAAAUUAUCUUCGAGGAGGGAGAUCCUCAGGCAUGGUUCUUCAUUGAAGCAGAGACGGACCGAUAUGCGAUCGUGAACGGCGUAACGAACCAGUACAUCCAUUGCGGGUCAACUGAGGGUGCCAUUUGCGAGGCCUCCGAUGUCGCGCAGCUUUUCCAGAUAGACAACAUUUCCGACAAUGUCUACACUUUCCUGGAACCCGAGAGCCAGUUGCUUUUGCAUCGUACUACGGAUAACCAGCUGGAUCUUUCGCUUCCUACCCCCACCAACGAUGAGAGCUUUGAGUUGACUCAGGCUUCAUGUAAGUCACUUGCUGAUUGA